CCUACUGAAGCGGUUUUCCGAAAAUUAUGGUUAGUGAUGGAUGUUCUAAGAAAGCGACUGAAUGAAUUUAGAGAAGAAGAAGACGAUUUGAGAAAUAAAGUUUCAGACAUUGAAAAUCAAAUUAAGUGUGUGGUCGAUGCAACUCACAAGGUUAAUUCAGAACAGUAUGAACUUGCUACUAAAGAAAUGUUACUUAAGCAGAAGUGUCAAAUGCAAAAUGACAGACUAAAGGAUGCUCUUAACAGGCUCUCUGAUCACAGAGAUAGUCACGAUCAUCAUUCUAGGAAAUUGGAAAACUUGAAUAACAAGAAUUAUAGCCAGGACUCAAGAAUAGAUGAAUUGGAGGCAGAGCUGAUGCGAUUGCGGAACGAGUGCCUAGAAGUCCAGACUCGUGUUGACGAGACUGUAAUUCAUCUGAAACAUGUAGAAUUCGCCAAAGAAAAUGCUGAAAAACGAGCCAAUGCAACCGAGUCGAAAGUUCAAGACCUCGAAUCGCAAAGUACAUCCACAUUAGAGGCUUUGAGACGUGCUGAGCUAAAUGAUAUACAGUAUCUAUCAACAGAUGAUUGGGAAAUGAAGGAAAAAAGCUUACGGGAACAGUUGCAGAGGGUGAUUGAUCUCCAUAUAUCUGUGCUUACUGAACAAACAAUGGCCUGAUGUAACGCAUCCAAAAAUCUCCCUAAUCCACGAUUUUAACGUUUGUCUAAUCGAAUUCACAUCUGUUAUUAACAUUGGGAUAACAGCUCGUAUCGUUUUACUAACAAUUUGUGUUCAUGCAAUCGAUACAUAUGAGAAUUCCGAAAGAAACAUUCUUACACUCGAUCGACAAAUUAAAUCGCGUAAAGCUGAAUUAUUAAAACAACGAACUGAAAAUGAAAAACUAAAAAAAGAAAUGGAAUUAUUUUUCAAAGAGAUGCACGAUAUUUGAUGAUAGUAAUAACAAUAAUCUCUCUCGCUAUUCACAUAUAUUAAGAUUGUUAUUAGUUUAGAUUGUUUUUUCAUGUAGUCCCUAAACACUGACAUCGUAUGUGUUAGCUUUCUUGAAAAAAAAAGAAAGCUGAUUGUCUAUGUCUGAAACACAGCAUUGAUCUAUUUUAAAAUCUGGUUCCUUGACGAUACAAUUGUCUGUCGGUAAGUUUACUUAAUGCUCAGUGUUUCUUUUCAACUUUCACAAAGCAAAAUGUAUUUUCUGGUAAUUUUCCACUUUAUCAAAGAAUACUACUUUACAUAAAACAAUCUUGUUCUCUAUGAGAGUAAUAAUAACAAUAACAACAGCAACCAUAACCUUUUUUACUUCAUUUCCACUCCUUAAGUGAUAUUCUUGUAGUUAUAAGUUAUUUUGUAAAACAUUCUUUCCAUAUUAUUAUGAUUAUCGUUAUUGACUUGUAAAAUUAUUUUUUUUUCUUUCAAAUAAACAAACUUAAUACCUUUUGUUGUAAGAUUCAACUGUUUGAGUUCAUUCCUAUCUCUGUAUCUAAUUGGUCAUAUUUGCCAAAUGUAAAAUAAGAAUUUUACACUAACAGCAAUCUGUAGUCUUAAAUCCUAAAUUGAUAUAUAAUUUAAUUUUACAUUGUUAAAUGACCUAUAUUCGUUAUGUCUUUCAAGAAGGUAAACUGAAUAACGAGAAACCCGGUCUUAAAUGCAUAUGUUUGUUGUUUUGUUUGAACUGAAAAAAACCGCAAAGCGAUAGUUGAAAAGUGAACUGGCGCUUCGUUGUUAUUAUAAUCAAAGUUCAAAAUUGUAUUCCUAGUACGAUGUGAGCUGAACAGAUAUAUUAUUGGUGUAGGAAGUGGGUUGUGAAAAUUGUAGAAUUUUCAUGGUUUCAAUCACAAACCGAUCCCAGCUAGACCACAGUGGAAGCCUAGAAGCACUAGGCAACUGUAUUGGUUUUAUGUGGUAUUCUUCAAUAAUGCGGAUUUGAGAAUCGAGUCCUAAUCCUUCAGUCUCGUGUGCGAACGCUAAACCUUCAGACCACAGAAGUGUUAAUGUCGUACUCCGUUGAAUGGGCAAUAUUGCACAACUCUUCUUCUUUCGGUGGUUAACUGUCUCACUUUGAUUGAACUCUGCUGGUCUCUAGCCAUCUAGUGCUUCCUGGCUUCUGUGGUGAUUCAGCUGAGAUCAGUUAGUAACUUACCAGUCGAGUGAGAGCUUAUGUCCAACUGUCAUCUGUUUUUGCAACGUCAAGUGGUAUCCGUUAAGGCUGUCCACUAUCUCCAUUUUCGUUUAACUUCAUCAUAGAUGUACUGAUGGAAAUAAUAUUUUCGUUAACUGAAUUUUCAGGCAUUGAUCUUGCAGGACGUCCACUUAUCGACUCAGAAUACGCAGAUGAUAAAAUGCAGUCUUUUCGUGUCACUGAGCAACAAUGUCAGGAUGUUUGGAAUUCAUCUCCCCCCUCUGAUAAAUGUGUUGCUUCAGAAGUGACCUACGUCAACACCUGAACUAAGGGUAGGGAGUGAAGUAGUCGAACGCGUUGACAACUUCACUAUUCCUGAAAGUCUGAUCAGCCGUGAUACUUUGAUGUCUGACGAAAUCUCUACACGGAUUCAGAAAGCUCAUUUGGCUUUGUCAACUUACGUCACCUAUGGGUUGAGUAUACUGCUCAGCAGUUCGUUCUGUUUUAAUUUACGACUGCGAAACGUUGCUAUUAAGAGUAGAAGAUACUCGUAAGCUACUAGUAUUUGACCACAGAUACCUUAGAAACAUUGGUCGCAUCUUCUGGGAUCACUGGGUAAGUAAUAGUAAGGUUAGACACAGGGUAUUGGGGAAUGAUUGUAAAUCAGUUGAUGAGGUUGUGAAUCUUCAUCGACUGAGACGGACUGGCCUUGUGUUGCGUAUGCCUGAACACCGAUUACCACGAUGUGCAAUGUUGGAGAUGGCUGUAAGAAAGUUAGGGGCGGCCAAAUCAAAACAUGGCAUCAGUGCUUGAAUUCACUAACUUUUAGUCUGAGCUAUGUUGGUAGGUGCAGACUACUUGGUUGGGGUCCACGUGACUAUCGUAACGAACUGUUAGAGAUUUUAUGAAUCCGGUGUUCAUCUUGUUGUGCUAAUGAGUGAGGUAUGGCAACUUGGACCGAUGCGCAUAUAUACUUGGUCCUAUGUUGUAGCUGACUGGCCUAAACUGUGAAGUUUUAUAAUUGCCUUUUCUUCGAUGAUACACAAAUAUCCCUGUGAUCUGAAAUAAUUUGUUUGUUAUGUCCACCUCUAUUCGGACUACACGUGAAUAACAUAUAAGCCUAUAUACAUUUUUAAUUGAUUCCCUAAUAUUUUUAUCCUUCACUCCAGAUGUUCAACACGUGAUCUACAUGACAUCGGAAACUGUCAUUUUGUUUGCGAUUGAUGUAAUCGUUAAGAAUAGUUUUAAAAUGGUCCAAAACGAUCAUUUGAUUCUAUAAUUCAGGGAGAUUCAGUCUUGAUGUUAGAUGGUAAAAUAUGAAGCGAUAUCCAAUGAAAAUUAUCAAAAACAUUGAUUCAGCCUCGAAUUACUGUCUUCCCGAUCGGUAUUAGUAAACACUAUGUGGUUUGGGACUUUGUUUUCAAAGAUACUUGAAACUGACGUUCACAUUAUCGUUUUUUCUUAGAUUCCAUGUAAUAUAAGGCUAGUAUAUUCAUUGGAUUUUUAACCACGUUCCAUCUCAUAUCUACUUCAAUAUUUAUCUGGUUUAAUUCAGUAAGACCACAUCUAAAUGAGCGAGUUGGAGCACGAUGGAUAAUAACGAGACAACACACCAAAAAGGCGAUUCAUCAUAUUAAUCGAAUAAUUAUAAGAAAUUGGUAACAAAUGUCAAAGGGAUAAACACUAGUGGGAGUGGGCGCUUUGUUUUGUCAGUAUAGGAUUGUGGAGCUUGUCGAGUUUCAAUGAGGUCAUUAAAUCAUCAAUGUUAGACCGUCAUUGAAAAUAUGUUGGUCUAGCAUUAAGUGGUCCAUGAUCUCAGUAAAAUUCGUUUUGAAAUAAUUCAUUUAGAUAUUGAUUACAUUGCAAGUGACAAAAAGCGGUAAAGUACGUGACUGAAUUGCAGCUGGUUACUUGAAGUGAAAGUGUGAAUGUACAUAGAAAAACUAGUAUUUAUUUGUUCUAGAAUAGAUUAUUUCACCAAAGUUUUGAAAUAAGAGAAUUAUAUAGAAAAUCAACAAGUAACACCUUAUUUUGUACACGGCACCGAGUUCUACCACACAAAAUAUAAAGUUGCCACAGAUAGGACUAGGUAGGUACGGAAAAAUGAUCAAGAGAAUAUAAGUUCAGGCAGCUUCGCUAACAUUAGUGAUAUAUCAGUCGAAUAUUGAUUUCCGCCCUUGUGGCUUAUACAGUAUUCGGAAUAUAGCAAACAAUCCGAACAAUACAACAGUGUCACUGAAUUUCCCCCACCAGAUACGAGUUAAUUGAAUGCAAUAAACCUCUGGUAUGUGUAUGAGAUGACCAUGGGAGGAAGGGAUUUUCUUUGAAAUCAUUGGGGAUCUGUUCUGUCUUUCCGUCCGUUGGUAACAUCGACGUCUACGUCAUUACUGAAUUGGAUAGUGUUAGGAUGUUCGGAAAAAUAUACCAAUAAUUAUCAAGAAUAUUAAGGGUAACACAAAUCACUUACUAACCAAGCAGCACCGAGACUCUUUAACGAAACUAAGAAAAUAUGAAACCCUGAUCAUAAGCAAACCAGAUAAAGGAGGAGGUAUAGUUCUCAUGAACAAAAAGGAUUACAUCGAAAAAAUAGAGGCUGUUGGGAUAUUCAGAAAAAUAUUCCAACAACUAUCCUGUUAAGUCUAAUGGUGUCCUUGGACUUUAAAUGGAAAUUUCCUAUUGGUCAAUAUUUAUUUCACUUGUCAAAUAUCGUACAAAUGUUGUUUUCUAUUUUAUGGUACGAUGUGGUCUGGUUGAUUGGUAUAUAAAUAGAGUAUGUCUGGAAUAUAAAGAUUCAUAACUCAGAGGCUGAGACUUGUGUUCUGGACUCAACUGGCUGGACUAGACAGCGAAGCAGGGCCAAUUGGGACUCUAGGUCGUUCGUAUGUGUUUUACGUGUCACUGAAUCGAUCGAUAAAUACGCUUCACUCUAAUCUGCAGUCACACGUUACAACAGAUAAUCUACUGAAAUCACAAUUCCCCGUACAGUAUUUAGAAAAAAUCAAGGCAUUACCCAGUAUUUUGUAGAGACCAACAAGAUAUGACGUAAUCACUGACACCACUCAGACAAACUUAUGGAAAUUCACUGAUGCUCUAAAAUAUCGUCUCAACUACAGUGAACUGAAAGCAGAUCAGUUCGUUGCGAAAUCCAGC